GUGACAAACUCAAUAUCAUCAUUCACUUUCUUUAUCUAUGAAGAUGAGGGGAUGACCUGGCAGCCUACUGGCUACAACUUCUCAGAAAACCUGUUCCGCUACAAUGGCUACCCAGCGAAAAUCGGAUAUUUCCUCUGUAGAUCUGAUGAUACACUCUUUGUGGUUGAGGAUGAGAACUCUGGCGAAUGGGCCGCCACACCUGACAGCCUCAAUGCAUAUAGAGUAUCAGAGAAAAACCUCCAGGGUCUUAAUGUUAAAGGCAUAGCAGGCUAUAGAUUGGAUUUCAAUGAUGAUAGCUUUAUUAACCCAAGGAAGCGCUGCAAUGAUUGGUUAAAUAAUGAGGGUAGUGCAAGUGAUUGGGCAGAAGGUGUUAACAAUGUCUGUCCACCAAGCACAGAGCUAGC